AUGCAGUGCUGUUCGAACGCAUUUGCAUGCAUUUUCCUCUCCCUGCAGGAGGAGGAACUUGAACGUUUGCAGGAGGAGGAACUUGAACGUUUGCAGAAACUCUCCUUGGAGCGCCAGAAACAAGGCGUCGCCCCGCUGCCGGUGGUGCGCCUGUGCUUUGUAGGCCGAGGGCGUGCUGGCAAGACCACAACUUUACGGCGGCUGAAAGGCGAAUCAUUCCGAGACGAUGAGCCUUCCACACAUGGUUUGGAUGUUUGGGCAGGUCAAGUUGAAGCAGAUCUACAAGCGGACCUGAAGAAAACCCACCCAUGGAAAAGAUGGGAGGAAUCGAUGCACCUCACUGCCUUGAAGGACGGGCUUCGGAACCCACUGCCAAAGGGCCCAGAAACAGACGCCCUCACCGCGCAGAAUGCUGAUGAACAACCAGAUGACAUGUUGGAACCUCAAGGGCUUAUUGAGCCAGAAGCAGGGUCGAAAGACGAUGAACAGGCUCAAUCAACCCAAGGGCUUAACGAGCCAGAACAUGCCACCUCUGUUGCAAGUCAUGGACCGAAAGCCAAUCAACCAGAUGCUCUUCUAGAGAGUUCGGCCGCGGCUCAACCAACCCAAGGGCUCAACAAGCCAGAAGAACAUGCCACCUCUGUUGCAAGUCAAGGACCGAAAGCCAAUCAACCAGAUGCUCUUCUAGAGAGUUCGGCCGCGGCUCAACCAACCCAAGGGCUUGACAAGCCAGAAGAACAUGCCACCUCUGUUGCAAGUCAAGGACCGAAUGCCAAUGAACAACCACAGGAAGACAUAUCCUCUUCUUCUGGACCCAAGAUGUGCGGGCCGGUUGUUUUGGACGAAGACAUGCUUUCCAAGCUAGGCUCCCAAAAAGCGGGCAUUGAUGUGAGGCUGCAAUGCUGGGACUUCCCGGGACAAGAAGAGUACGCCCUGUUGAACCAGCUUCAUUUUUCAGAAAGAGCGAUAUACCUGGUGUUUUUGGAUUUGACUGGGCAACUUGAGGACGAAUGGAGGCACCUGUCUUUCUGGCUUUGGAAAAUUGUCAGGUUUUCCACUGAGAAGGAUGCAUGUCCUCCUAUUCUCCUGAUUGGCACCAAAGCAGGAGCGCGCAAUAGAUGCGUCACAGAUUUGGAUCUACAAAAGCGCCUGGAGGACUUGCAAAGCAGAGUCCCCCGCUUGAAAGAGCAGCUGCAACCCCAUCCAGCGGACUUGGGAAGCAAGUGCACCAAGUGUCCCUGGCUAUUUCCAAUUGAAAACAAGGGGAAAAAAUUUGAAGCCUGGAUCAGUCCUUUGCGGAUGCAACUUCAGCGAAUGGCCCUACAGUUUGUCUCGCCGCGUGACCUUUGGGAGGCUGGGAACUCGGAUGGAUCUGUGGUGCCAAGAUUCGUUGGUCUGAAGGCGGAGACCUUUCCCUUGACGUGGUUGCAAGCACAUGACUUGCUGACGCGGUUGGGGGCUGGAUUCAGGGCAAGAGCUGAGAGAGCCCACAUCGAGAAGGUCUACCCAGGCGCGCAGCCAGGGAGCAGGCUCAAGAUCGAGGACUACCUGCGCGCAACCAUCUCAGACAAAGUAUGGCUGAAUUUGCCACCAGGUGCUUUCAUUGAACUUCACAGCCAGGACCAGCUGGAUGAUCUCAGAGAGGAAGAGCUGAGCUUCGAUGUAUCGUGCGACUUUCUUGAGCUGAAAGUGGUUCAACGACUUCUUGGAGGAAUGGAGCCAAAAGGCUUAUCCCUUGAGGACACAGAGAAGCUCCUUGAUAUGCUGAAUAAGUUGGGAAUUCUGGUGUGGAUCAACGAAGACAAGCUUCGAGACACUGUAAUGUUGAACCCGCGGCAAGUUGCAGUGGCGAUGGCAAAUUUGAUAACCCUCUGCUUUAGUGCAGACAACUUUGAGCACAAAAACAGCGCAAUCGAGGUUAUCAGGAAGAUCCCGGACAGUUCUGCAAGCGACCUCCUUCGCUUCAGAUCCAGUGGCAUUGCAACACAGGACUUGAUCAAAGGAGUGUGGAAGAAGGACUUUGAUGAGGCGAGCCAGCAGCUACUUCAAGAGGUCUUGCUCAGGAACGACCUGAUGUGUGGACGACUUGUUCAAGAUGAAUUUGUGCUGCCGAGCUGUUUACCUGUGGCACACUGUGCUGAAGAGGCAAUUCGAGAGACAGAUGAAGUCUUGUAUUUGGAUGUGGGUGGUUUGCUGUCGCCGAAUUUCUUUCCGGCCUUGGCACAUCUGAUUUAUCGCAAUAUCAACCUUGAAAGCUUAUCGAUGUGCAAGAAACCAGGACCACCCCAGGUUUUCCGAAAUCGAGGCGAUCUUCACUCUGAUACUCAUUCGGUCUUUGUAUCACUAUUUCCAGUCAGUGCACCCAACGACAAAAGUUUGCUGCGUAUUCUAGUCAGGGGCAACGACCAGAAAGCCAACUGCGCGCUUGCGCAAGAGGUGAAGAGAGUCUUGCUGAAUGACAUCCUGGGAUUCGAUCCGGAAACGGAAAUUGAUGUAGAGAAGGAUCCCAGUUCCUUCUUUGGGUUCAAAGGUGCCAAAGACAAAGAGACUCUGGAACUGGAACGGAGCUUUGCCCUCCAACCUUGCCUGAACUCACAAUGCAACCUGACGUGCUCCCUCUGCAGAUUGUCAGCCUUGCUGCAAGAACGCUUUCUUCCUGACUUAAGUCUUGGCCUCCGCUCAAUUGUGGAAACGACAGCCUUCCAGAGACACACCCGCCCUGCUGGUAGCUUCCGCUUCAAAUCCAUGCAGUUCCCCGGUGAUGUAGAUCUAGAAGAAUAUUUGGUCAUAGAUGCCAAAUGCAAAGAUGACGCGUUGCCAAAGCUUUGCUCUGCAAUUCAGGAGAUAUUUGCAGCCUUGUUUGCUCGAAAUUCAGAGGUUCAAGUCUUCAUUGGAGGACUCAAAGCCGGCAGCAAUCCCAGACAGAACGUCCCUGGAGUCCAGAAGGAAUGGUUGAAGUGGUCUCAGAAAGAGCUGUGUGCUGGCAAAAAAGAAAUGUGUAGGGAUGCCAAUGCAGCCCCAGUGUUUAUGACACUCAGCAAAGCAUUGGAGGAGGGUCACGAAACUUGGACAGCCAAGAUUGACAUGUUUGCGAAGGUGCGCCUCUUUCACGAUUCGGAAGCAACGCCCCGUUUCUUUGAGAUCACCAACGUUCUGCGAGCUGGAUACUUUGAAGGAUCGAAGCCCAUCCAGCCUAUCACGAAAGAGAAAGACUCUUUGCAGGGAAUCGAGAUGAACUUGAAGAAUUAUUCUAGUGAGGAACCCAACGCCAUGAAAUAUGUGAAGCGCCUCUGGGAAAGGAGUGCCUACUUGGCACAGCGAGGUUUCGAUUUGGAUUGGCAUGUCAAUAUGCUGGAAGCUCUACGACCGCUGCUUAGCCACUGGUCUGCCGAGCUAUGUCAGAUCGCUGCCCAUGUCGAAACCCUCAUUAAGAUGAUGAAGUUUGGCAGAGGAGAGGUGAUUGAACAUGCGCUCGAUGACCUUCGUACCGUUCGUCAGAGUUUGCUCAGCUUGCAGUCUCGCCUCCACAGCGUAGAGGAUUCCGAGCAGCCGGCAGCGCAAGACGGAUUGGAGCGAAUCCGAGAUGCCAUGAAGUACAUCCUCAAGAAGCCAAUAAUCGACCCAGAAACGAAGAAACCUUGCAGCAGAGGUCUUCAUAAAGCUCAGCUCUUGUUGGAAAGUUGCGUGGAGACGGUGGUCAUCAGCAAGUUGGGAUCUUUCGAAUUCCCGGUGGCCAAACGGCUUGGUGAACUCUGGCAGUUUCCCUCUGACCAUCCGCCGAUUGCGGCCAAACUCACACUUGGCGAGCGUACCAUAAAGGUUGCUUCAUGGAAUGUGCUGAAUAGGAACUACUACAAGUACAUCGAUGCAGACACGCAAGGAUUGAAAGGCUCACAGAUUACUACAUUGCAUGAAGCAGAAAGAAGAGAAAGCACCAUCGUCGAAAAGAUCCAGGAGAUGUUGCUGAAGACAAAUAUCCACAUUUUAUGUUUGGAAGAGUGCUGGCCCGAGCUAAUUGCAGAGCUGAAGGCAGCUUUGGGUGAGAACCUUCUGUUUGAGAUGCUCUGCAGUGGGGAUGAACAGGACAAGAACCAGGAGGUGAUUGUCUUCGAUUCCAAGCUCAGGGUGAUGUAUGUUCACCAUCAUCCCCCCUUCUCAGAGAACUCCAAGAAGGUGGUGACAGAAGUCCAUUUCCAGCUUGAGACAGAGUCUUUGCGUGUGGUGACGACGCAUGUGCCUGGCGCUCCUUUUGGGCGUGCCCGAAGAGAAUUUGCGGAUUGCCUUGCCGAGAUCGUGAAGGGAGAAAAGCUCCCAACCGUGCUGAUGGCAGAUCUGAAUUUCCCCGACAAGGCGGUACAUCCUCUUCUGCUUGACCGUGGUCUUGAAGACAUCUACUUUGUUCCCACUCCUUAUCCCACAAAUAUUUGCCAGGGAUCUUUGUUGCCCAAGCGGAUUGACAGCAUUGCGGCCAUCAACCAUCAGGUUGCAGGUUCGAAGCUGUACGCCACGGCCAUGGGCGCCAAAGAACUGCUGGACGGCCUUGACAAAGUGGUAGAGCUCCUGCAGUCGAAAUCUGCUGAGCCGCUGACACCAACGCGAUAUCAUUCAGACAAGGUGGAGACGGACGCAGAACAGAUCUCCAGGCUUGAGAGAGAAUUGCAUGCAGCACGACAGCGAGUCAAAUAUCUGCAGAGCACCAUAGAUUGCCAAAACGAGGAGAGAGCACGCGAAGCGCCAGCCACUUCCUCAAAGGCCAGAUCGUAG